AUGUCAUAUCAACUAUACAGAAAUACUACAAUCGGAAAUACAUUACAAGAAAGUCUAGAUGAAUUGAUACAAUAUGGUCAAAUAACACCCACAUUGGCUGUGAAAGUAUUAUUACAAUUUGAUAAGUCUAUCAAUCAAGCACUAUCCAACAGGGUGAAAUCUAGGCUGACCUUCAAGGCUGGGAAAUUAAACACUUAUAGAUUCUGUGACAAUGUUUGGACUUUUAUGUUAAAUGAUGUGGAAUUCAGAGAAGUUCAAGAGGUAGCUAAAGUGGAUAAAGUUAAGAUAGUGGCUUGUGAUGGCAAAAAUGUGGAAGAUAGAAGGUAA